GACAUGCACCCAGACACACUCACGAGCUGUAGCAAUUUGGCUUCUUUGUUGCAUGCCAUGAGUCAGCUGGAAGAGGCGGAGGAGCUGAUGAACGAAGCUUUAGUGGGCCGAAGGUCCUUGCUGGGGAAUCUGCACAAAGACACCUUGACCUCGCUCAACAACCUCGCAGGGUUGUUACGGACUCGUGGGAAGCAUGAUGAAGCCGAGACCCUCUAUGAAGAGGCCUUGCGGGGGAGGAAGGAACUGCUGGGAAGUGCUCACAUGGAUACCUUGAUGACGGCCAACAACUACGGUCUAUGCCUCAUGAGCCGAGGUUUAUGGCCCCAGGCGGAAGAAAUGUUCAAAGAGGUCCUUGAGCAUUGCCGGGACAUGCUGGGCGAACAGCACUCCUACACCUUGACGGUGGCCAACAGCUUGGGCUCCUUGCUGCACGAGGCCGAGCGCUAUGAAGAGGCUGAGCCACUCCUCAGAGAGGUCUUGUCCGGACUGCGCGAGCAAUUGGGAGACAAGCACCCCGACACCCUCACAGGCGCGAACAACUUGGCGGUGCUCUUGUACUCCAGGGAAGACUUCACCCAGGCGGCACAGCUCUUUCACGAAGUCCUUGCAGGGCGGCGCUCGCAACUGGGUGACAAACACCCGGACACGGCUGCGGCAGCGAAGCACCUGAGCGCGGCGCAGCAAGCGGUGCGCCACUUGCGCGAGGAGACUUUAGAGCCAGAGAAGCCAGACAAGACCUGGGGAGGCAUGGCCUUCCUUUCUGGAUGCAACGUAUGCAGCAGCAGCGCAUGAGUUUGCAGGAGAAGAGCACCGACCACCGAUGCCUGAGUUGUGCCGUCGUCGAUGUCUUGAACAGUUGAACUCACACCGAA